UACUAUGACCCAUGUUCAAAACAAUAAUUUAUGAAAAGAAAAAGCAAAUUUUUGAAAAGAAAAAAACAAGUGCUGUUAAUGAUGUAACGUGUAUUGAUUGCGGUAAAGGGGGUCAUUACACUAAACAAUACUUUAAAUGUGAAUUGUAUGAGACAGAAACUGCAGAUCAAGGUAAGGAGCUCAUGUAGCUUUGAAGUUGGUAAAUUCAUCAUUAGCAAGCGACCUCAUUGUACCUAUAGUUGGUUCGAAAGGCAGAAAACGCAAACAAAACUUUGAGAUCAAGAAAGAAAAGAAAAA